AUGUCUGACCCAAUGGACAUUGACGAUGAUUCGGACCUCUGGACCUCACCCGUGAAAAACGACCCUUCAGAGCCUCGUGCAAAGACGCCAAAGACUCCCAGAACACCUCGAACCCCAAAAACGCCCACAGCAAACGACCACCGGUCGGAGCCGCUCGAUCGAGACGCAAUGCUAAGAAGGGAGCUGGAGGGCGUGCGCAAAAUCAACCAGGUCAUUGAGGGCGUCAUUGGCACUCUGCAGCGGGCAGGCGGCAACAUGAAUGCAAGUCUUGAGCUUGGUGAUCCCUUUUCCGUCAACAACACCGUCUCAAACGCAUCCGCACUGCUCAACACAUGGACGCGCAUCCUCUCCCAGACAGAACACAAUCAGCGCCUGAUCCUCGAUCCAACAUGGAAAGGCGCAACAAACGACCUGGCCGAGAUUGAGGCCGAAAACCUGCGGAGACAACAGGAAGAGGCGCGCAGAGCGGCAGAGGAAGAGGAGCGGAAAGAAGAGCUUCGCCGGCGCCGCGAGGAGGAGGAACAGCGGAGGAAGCUGCCCGCAUCAAAGUCUGCUCGGGGAGCGCGUGGGAGUGCUAGAGGCCUCCGCGCAGCUCGCGGACGGUCCAGGGUGGCUUCGUUGUCAUCGCGGAUUGCCAGCAGCUCAAGAUAUAACACCUCUUCAGCUUCUUCCAGUAGCCGUGGCACCUCUGGCAUAGGGAGGGGGCUCGGGACGACUAGGAGUCGCUAUGGCGGAGCCAAGUAG